CGGAUUUUUGUUACAUAUUGUUUUAGCUGAAAUCGAAUUAUCAUAAUUGUUUCUCUCGUACAAUUCAUAAGCUGAUUCUUCUCCUGGCAUCUGAUUGUGAGAUUUGUGACAAUGACGGCUCAAGAUCAGAUGAGAGCCAUGCUGGACGAAUUAAUGGGCACAGGCCGGAAUGGCGAGAACAGUAAAUACCAAGUAAAAUUUACGGAUCCAAAAGUUUGCAAGAGUUUUCUACUUGCUUGCUGUCCUCAUGAAAUUCUCUCAUCUACGAGGAUGGAUCUUGGUGAGUGCCCAAAAAUUCAUGAUCUUGCAUUAAGAGCUGAUUAUGAAAAAGCUGCAAAAGAUCGUGAUGAUGCAUAUGAUAUCGAUGAUGCUAUGGAACAUUUGGCUUCAUUCAUUGGAGACUGUGAUAGGCGUACAGAAGGGGCCAAACUUCGAUUGGCAGAAACUCAAGAGGAAUUGACGGCGGAGGUGGCCAUUAUAGCAAACUCUGUACAUGAAGUUGCAGAAGAAAUAGGAAAGAAGCUGGCUAAGGCAGAAGCUCUUGGGGAAGAAGGAUUUGUUGAAGAAAGUAUGAAACUCAUGGAAGAAGUAAGUUGUAAUAAUUGUCAAAGGCUCCAAG